GUGAUGGCGGCAGGGGGCCCUUUGUGACCUCACAGGCCAGCCCUGCCUUCUGCUGCUCCAGCUCCAAGCCUGCCCACCUUCCCAGCCGCUGAACAGCCCCUCCAUGCCCAGCCCCUUGCCCUUGCCCUUGCCCAUGCCCACGCUCUCUUGCCACCCUCCCGGACCCCUCUAGGCCUUGUCCAGUUGCUUGCAAGAUGGACGGCGGGGUCCAAACCCUGCAGAUUGGGGAGGCGGAUGCCAAUUGGGAGCUGAUCCGGGACAAGGUGAAGAGGAGGAGGAGGAGGAGGAGGAGGAGGAGGAGGAGGAGGAGGAGGGGAGCUGGCCUGGGAAGGAGGGACGAGUCUGCAGGAUGGGCUUCCUGGGUGCCCCUCACACCAAGACCCCCAGCGCGGUAUCAGGGGGGCCCUGCUCCACCUCCUCGGCCGGGGAGAGCGAUGCUUCUGAAUGCCAGUGCCCAGAGACCCCAGGAGGGGAGAGAUGCUCUGGGGCUCAGAUCCUGCGUGCGAGUUUCCCAUUGGGGCAUCUGCCUGGCCCCUGUGAGAGCAGGAGACAGGCCUGAUCCUGCAGGCGCUUCCCUGGAGAGGGGCAGCAGAGCUAACCUGACGUGGGGGCUCUCAUGGGACACCUUGGGAUGUGGUUUGUGGGGUCCUCAGUUUAAGGAGGAGUAUGGAUCAUCAUCCUGGUCCCCCUCCUCUGCCCACCUUCCAGCGUGUCAAACAUCCUCCUUAAAUUGUGGUGCCCAGAAGUGGACACAGGACUCCAGGUGUGGUCUGACCAGGGCAGAGUACAGUGGUACCUCGGGUUAAGAACUUAAUUUGUUCUGGAGGUCCGUUCUUACCUGAAACUGUUCUUAACCUGAAGCAGCACUUUAGCUAAUGGGGCCUCCUGCUGCCACCGCACGAUUUCUGUUCUCAUCCUGAAGCAAAGUUCUUAACUCAAAGUACUAUUUCUGGGUUAGCGGAGUCUGUAACUUGAAGAGUUUGUAACCCGAGAUACCACUGUAGAUAGAGUGGGACUAUGACUUCCCUGGAUCUGGACACUAGACUUCUGUGGAAGCAGACUAGAAUAGCAUUAGCUUUUUUUGCUGCUGCAUCACACUGUGGACUCAUGCUCAACUGUUCAGCUUGUGGUCCACUGAGACCCCUAGAUCCUUUUCACAUGUACUGCUAAUAAGCCAGGUGUCCCCCAUCUUAUAUUUGUGCAUCUGGUUCUUCCUGCCUUACUUUUGAAACAAAAUUAAAAAAAGUAAAAUAAUAAAAAAAGAAUUCCUUCCAGUAGUACCUUAGAGACCAACUAACUUAGUUAUUGGUAUGAGCUUUUGCGUGCAUGCCCCCUUCUUCAGAUACACUGAAACAGAAGUCACCAGACUAACUAACUUAGUUGAUCUCUAAGGUGCUACUGGAAGGAAUAUUUUAAUUUAAUUUAAUUUAUUUUGUUUGGACUACGGCAGACCAACACGGCUACCUAGCUGUAACUAGAACCUUACUUUUGUCCCCACUGAAAUUCAUAUUGUUAGCUAGCACCCGGUUCUCCAACCUGAUAAGGUCAUUUUGAAUUCAGAUUGCGUCUUCAGUCUCUCUCCAGCUGUGACCCCCGGGGAGGGGUUGCCCUAGAUGCCCCUCGGCUGCCCCUCCCCACGCUGCCCCGUCCUGACCCCCCCCCCCAUCUCUCUGGGCAGGUGGUGGAGGAGCGCUUCGGCCCCACGGUGGUCCCGGUGCCCUUCCUGGAAGACGCCUCCUCCUACGACCUGCUGACGGUGCUGAUCAAGAAGCCCCCCCUGGGCCAGGGUCUCCUCCGCCGCCAGCGCUGCCUGGUGCCCGUGGGGCCCCUGGAGAGCCUGCUGCAGGAGGGCACCCCCGCCCGGGAGCUGACCCACUGCACGCGCGAGUACAACGCCCGGGUGCGCGGCGAGUCGCGCUACGAGGAGACGCGGCUGGUGGCGGGCGCGCUGCGCCACCUGCGCCUGACCAUGUCGGGGGUCCACAAGAAGGUGGCCUUCCUGGUCCUGCGCCCCGGGACCGUGGCCCUGCGCCCGGACCUGCCCUGGCUGCGCUCGCAGAGCAGCGUCUACGUGGUCUACGAGGUCUUCUACUGCGCCAGCCUGGCCCUGGCCGUCACGCAGGGCGCCGAGCGCAGCAUCUUCCACCGCGAGCAGCCGCUGCCCGUCGCCUUCUCCUGCCUCAAGUUCGCCCUCGGACCCAAAGGGGUGCUGGGCUCCCAGAAGCCCACCGGCCACAGCUUGCCUGCCAGGGCCGCCUGGGUCCGCAUGGCGGUGCUGGAGCCCCCCAGGACCCCGGCGCCCCAGCCGCCCCUGGAGAGCCCCCUGCCCAAGGAGGAGGGCAAGGCUGCCCGCAAGCGCUGGAGACCCCUCAGCAGGCCCACGAGGACCCUGGCAGGUGAGGCAGACGGGGGCGCGCCGGGGGGGCUCUCCCUACGAGGAAGCCCCCCAUUUCGCUGGGUCAGGGAUGCUUGAGCUGAGAUGCCUACAUUGCAGGGGGUGGGAAUGGAUGACCUCGGGGGUCCCCUCCGACUCUGCGAUUCUGAUUCUAUGAAGAGAGGGCGCCGCGCUCUGCCUCUACAGCUGGAGGAAGUUUUCAAUGUUUGGUGCUUUCAUUAUUGGGGGCAGCCGUGUUUCUGGGUCCCAGGUGCCGGAAGUCGCAGGAGAGGAGAGCUGUGUUCGAAUCCUGCUUGUGGAUUUCCCAUAACGAGCAGGAGGCUGUUCUAGGUGGCCCCCUCUGACCCAGACGAAAGCCCCUUCUUCUGUUCGUAGGUUGCAGCUGUGCCUUCAAGUGGGGUAAAAAUAAGACCCAUAUUUUUGACAUCUGGCAACCCAUGAGCCCCUCUGGUUUCAGAUAGCACGUGGGGAGAGGAGUCCAGGAGACAAAUUUCUAGCAGCCUUCUAGUGGCUAAAUGCCUCCGUCUCAGUUUGCUGGCCUCUAGACCCCCCCCCCGUCAUUUCUCAAGGGCGCCCCCCCCCCCACUGCCGCCAUGCUGCCUGCCGCCCCCUUCCAGCGACUUGGCUCCGUUCAUUGCAAGGAAAUGGACUAUAAUCAGCGGUUCUCAACCUGUGGGUCCCCAGAUGUUGUUGGACUACAACUCCCAUCGUCCCUGAGCUCUGGCCUUGCUAGCUAGGGAGGAUGGGAGUUGUAGUCCAACAACAUCUGGGGACCCACAAGUUGAUUGUGUGUGUGUGGGGGGGGGGGUGACACUGCUUGGCUCUUUCCCUGUUCAGAAUUGUCCCCCCCUCCCCAUGAUACAAGGUCCACCUGUGUUAGCUGCGAUUCCUGCACUGCAGGGGGUUGGACUGGAUGAUCCUUGGAGGGCCCUCCCAACUCUACCAUUCUCUGGUUUUCCCAUGAGGGGGGUAGCACUUUGGGGAGAGGGCCGCUCUUGCCCCCAGCCAGGCCCCCACUGGCAAGAGCCCCACAUCAGCCCCUACAGAGGCCUCUGCCGGGCUUCUCCCCCUAUGCCCCACCUAGUGGGACUGAAAUGUGGGGGGAGGUGGUGGUUUGGGAAUGCCCAGCGGAUGGCAGGGCACCUUCUGGGAAGGUCUAGGAAGCCAGGGGUUCCUGCGUCACAGGGGGCUGGACUAGAUGCCCUUCGGGAGCCCCACCCAACUCUUUUAUGCUGCGAUUCUUCUGGUCCCCGCAGGAAAAUGGCCCUUCCGGCGCCACCGCCCCAAGUCCGGCCCGUCCACUGCCAGUCUGGCCGAUGCCGAGAGGCACUCCAUGUCGCUGCCCCUCCUGCAGAGCGCCACGGCCGAGAGCGACACCGAAGAGUGAGCCGAGACGCCGCCAAUAAAGAGCCCGUUGCACCCAGA